AUGACCGAUGCUAAGUUCGUGGUUUGUAGUGUUUAUUUCUAUUUUUUUUUUGUAGAGGGAAUGUGAACGGAAACGCUGUCUCCAUCGACUCUGAUGGCUUAAUCGAGGUGAUAAAGCUUUUAAAACUCGAUAAAGCAACAUAAUUUAGGGCAACUAUGAUCAAGUUGUGGGAACUUUUGAUGAAAUGGGGUUGAAAGAAGAACUUCUUCGUGGAAUUUACGCUUUUGGUUUCGAGAAACCAUCAGCCAUUCAACAGCGUGCCAUUGUUCCUUGUACCACGGGUAUUGAAACUUUCGAUUUUUUUUUCGAUUUCUAUAAUGUUACAGGAAAAGAUGUCAUUGCACAGGCUCAGUCCGGUACUGGAAAGACGGCUACUUUUUCUGUUUCUAUCCUGCAACGAAUCGAUCACACAAAUCCCACCGUGCAAGCUCUCGUCAUGGCUCCUACUCGCGAGCUCGCUCAACAGGUUAGUCUCAAAGAGAAAAAAAAAUAACAUAUGUUGUUAUCAGAUUCAAAAAGUGUUGAGUGCUUUGGGAGAGUAUAUGAAUGUGAGCGUUCAUGCUUGCAUUGGAGGAACAAGCAUUAGAGAUGAUCAGAGAAAGCUUGAAAGUGGUGUUCACGUUGUUGUGGGAACUCCAGGCCGUGUGAACGAUAUGGUCAGCAGAAAUGCUCUCCGUAAGCUCAUUCAUCUAAUAAGUCGCCCACAGUCAGAGUUUAGACACUGACUCUAUCAAAAUGUUCGUUCUUGACGAGGCUGACGAGAUGCUCUCAUCUGGAUUCAAAGACCAGAUUUACGAAGUCUUCAAGACUAUGCCGAAUGAUGUUCAGGUUUGUUAAUUACAAAGAAGUUUUGAGACGGUGUGCUUCUUCAAAUUUUCGCAGUCAUUCUGCUAAUUUUUAAAAGUUUUUUUGUUUUCGGUAAAAUUGAAUAAUAGGCAAGGUAUAAUCUUUAUUUUUUGUUUAAAAACUUGCAUUUUCACGUUUAGGUGGUUCUUCUCUCUGCUACCAUGCCUAACGAAGUUCUUGAAGUAACCGCGAAGUUCAUGCGUGAACCCAUUCGUAUUCUGGUCAAAAAAGACGAACUGACCCUUGAGGGUAUUCGUCAGUUCUACAUCAAUGUUCAAAAGGAGGUUUUCCGAUUGUUUCGUUUGACAAAGUAGAUCUCAAUAAUUUAGGAAUGUAAAUUCGAAGUUCUGUGCGAUCUCUACGAAACUGUUAACGUUACGCAGGCUGUUAUUUUUUGCAAUACUCGUCGGAAGGUUAAUAAAAAAAAAAUAAAAAGCUUUUUUAAUCGAAAUUCGGAAAACUUUUAAAUAGGGACUGUUUAGGUCGAAACUCUCACCGAGCAGAUGACCAAACACGAUUUCACGGUCUCUUGCCUUCAUGGAGAUCUGGACCAACAAGAGCGUGAAAUCAUCAUGCGCGAGUUUAGGUUAGUUAGUGAUAUAUUAUAUAAAUAUUGAAAAAAAAAACUACUUCAAUAAUACUGAAAAGACAAUAAUUCAUCGUUGACUAUCCUAUUUUUUCAAGUUUACAUAAAGUGUUCCAGGUAGUAAAAAGUAGUACGAUUCAUUGUUUAAAAAAAGCUUUAUAGUGUUUUGCUCAUUUUCUUAUUAAGGUCUGGUUCAUCUCGCGUUCUCAUUACCACCGAUCUCCUUGCUCGAGGAAUCGACGUACAGCAGGUAACUCUUCACAGCUAUAGAACAAGGAAACAUAAAUUCUCAGGUUUCCUUGGUUAUAAACUACGACCUUCCUUCAAACCGUGAAAACUAUAUCCAUCGUAUUGGUCGCUCUGGUCGUUUUGGUAGAAAGGGAGUGGCGAUCAAUUUUGUCACUGACAACGAUGCUCGUCAAUUGAAAGAACUCGAGCAUUUUUAUACCACUGUUAUCGAAGAAAUGCCUCAUUCUAUCGUUGACUUACUUUAAUGGAUUCCUUUUCCGGUUUUUUUUAUUGCAUCUUUUCUAUUAAUAAGCACAUUUUAUUUAUUAGUCUCCUUUUAGGGGUUGUUUUCCUUUUUUCCCUGUUACUGUUUUGUUUUUUUUUUUCCGCGGACUCCCAAUAAAAAUGAAUAUAACUUAAUUUUCGUGAUAUUUUCCUUAUGGCGUUUGACGCAAUAUCGCAAGUUAAUGAAGUGUAUUUAUUUGAUAUCGUCCAUUUUUGUUCAGAGAAGUUCGAUGGGUAAAAAGAGACUUGCAAAUGGAGACCGGCUUAAAGCACAAGUCCCACUUGAUGAACAGAUUGAAAGUAGUUCUCUAGCAACAGAAAAAACGGAAAGGCGUGACAAAUCGAAAAGAAAGAAUAAUUUCGAAAACGAAGAGGUUUUGCAAUAUUUAUUGUUCAAUCGGAUUGUGGGCUUCAGUUCAUAAGUGGUAACCUAUCGUCCAAAAUUCUAAAUGCAGCGAGAAGACAGUUGCAUGAAGACCAGGAAGGAGGAGAUGCAGAUGAAUUUUCUUCCAAAAGGUUUACUGAAUUUUCUUGCUUUUCCUAAGAAAGCUACAAUUAUCUCUUUGAGACCUUGUUAUUUUCGAGAGAAAAAGAUAAAUAGAUUUCGGAGAGUCAGAGAUAAUUUCGAAUUUCGCGGAAAUUACUUCGAACACUAUAUAAUCCAACCUAAAAGCAAGUUUACUAACUAAAUAAGGUUAUAAAAGUCAAACAGAAAAAUUUGAAUUUUUUUUUCUCAAUAGGUUCGAGGACCACCAUUUUCAACCAGAAGCUUUUUUUUUUAAAUAGAAAAGUUUGAUUUUAAAUAUUUUGAAUAGGUAUAGAAGGUUAUAUCAACGAGUUUUAUAUAGGCCAUUCCGCGGCAGCUUGUUCUUUUUUUCUGCAAAAAAAAGACCGCUUACCGAUAUGACUAAAUUUUUGAGACUUUUUUCAGUCUUUCGAAGUGUUUUUCGCAGUUUUGUAGAGCAAAAGCGGAAACUGGGUUGCGGUAAUUUUUUUUUUCUGCGGUUCUUUCAAAUGUGAUAUAUAUAUAAUCAAAUUUUUAUUUUGUUCAGGAACUAUUCCAAAUUUGAAAUUUAGGCAGCGAAACUUUUCGAUUGGAGCUUCAUCUCUGGCCAGCAAUGACGAGGAGGACGAUCAACAAGGGUUUGAAGAUUAUGAUGAUGCGGUUAUUGUAAGAAAAAGAAAAAUAACUUCUUUUAUAGUUCGUUAUUUUCAGGAACUCAACCCACAAGAUGAAGUUGACUUAGAAAGGUUUAUCGUUAAGAAAGAGAGCUCUCAAAUGAACACUUUGUACGAUAUCAUCCAGGUUCACUAUUCCGCUUUCCUAUAUACAUGAAAAUUUUCACAUUUCGAUACUUUUCAACUUCGGUUUUAAAAAAAAUCUAGUUUAGGCUAAAAUCGAUGCUAAAAAAACGGAGGCUGAAACGGCGCUUAGUCAAGCAGAUCCUAAUGACUUUAACGUAAGCAACAUACAUUCCUUAAUAUCAAAUCUGCUGUACUAGAUGCGAGACAUGGAUCCAGAAAUAGUUGAAAUGUAUGUUCAAAUCGGCGUUCUUCUGUCCAAGUACAGGAGUGGAAAGAUUCCGAAAGCUUUCAAAAUCAUCCCGAAAAUGAUCAACUGGGAGCAAAUUCUAUAGUGAGUACCAUUAUCAAAUGCUUCUGAAUGUUGUCGGUGUAUGUGAAAUUAUUUUAGCCUCACUCGCCCCGACGAGUGGUCCGCAGCAGCCAUGUACCAAGCAACCAGAAUUUUCGCUUCAAAUUUAAAUCCACGGAUGUGCCAAAGGUGAUUUUCUCUCACUAGAGAACGUUUUUUUAACGAGAUCUAUUGCUAGAAUUUUUUUUUUCUUUUUCUGCAAUCAGGAGGUCCUCAAGUUCACCUUAGCACAGUUUCAUCAAAAGUUCAACCGGGGGGUAAAAACUUUACCUAGUCAGUGUUGUGUAUAGUCAAAAUUUAAAAGAAAAAUUGAAACUCAACUAUUUUUUUUAUUCCUAAGUAAUUACUUAAAUUUUUCUCUAGCGGUUUUUAGCACUAAAUGCUUAUUGAUAAUUUGUUUUGUAUUAAACCUGUAUGAGCACAUCUGGUAGAAGUUUUGGCAAUUUUCACCCCAUCUGAGACACCGUUUUAGCCCAGUUGGGUCACAGAGUUUUCGAAAUAAACACAACUGUGUAAUUUAUUUUUCUUACACCUGUAUUUUCCCUGUUUUAGCCCAACUGAGACUCAAAUAGCUUAAAAAAACGCGCGUUAUUACUCGUAAACCCAUUGAGACACUUGACCAGCACGAGAGACUGAACUUUUUAAUUUUAUAACGACAUAUUAGUAGAGAAGUCUUUCAAAAACUUAAAAAUACUUUUUUUCAUUCUGUGCAAAAAAUUCUGUUUUUGACUAUUAUUUGUAUUACAGUUUUUUUUUGAAGGCUAAUUCGUUUUCAAAUUUUCUAAGAUUAUUUUUUAUUUGAAAUAAAUUCUAUAUUUUCAACCUUGAAACUGCAGAUUCUACAACUUGGUCUUACUCCCGCGCUUGAGAGAUGACAUUGACGAGUUCAAGAAGCUGAACUUUCAUCUUUAUCAGGUUUUUCCUUCACUUUUACGUUGAAAACUUCAAAGCUUUAGGCGUUGUGUAAAGCUAUGUACAAGCCUUCGGCGUUCUUCAAAGGAAUCAUCCUUCCUCUAUGUGAAGUAAAUUUUUUUCCGAACUGCUCAUGCGUUUUUUGUUUUGAAUAUGAAACAGUGAAAUUUAUUUUGCAGUCAGGAACUUGCACCCUACGGGAAGCUGUUGUUUUCAGUUCAGUUUUGACAAAAGUUUCCAUUCCAGUCUUCCACGCUGCAGCUGCUAUGUUGAAGGUUACUCUAGACCUCUUUCUAAAUCAAUUUGCCUUUUUCAGAUCGCAGAUAUGGAAUACACAGGAUCGAACUCAGUUUUCCUUCGUGCUUUGAUUGAUAAGAAAUAUGCACUACCAUACAGAGCAAUCGACGCCGUCGUCAAUCAUUUCGUAAGGUUCGACUUCCACGCAUGAUGUCUCUCCAACGUGUGCUCAUUUUUAUCAGAAAGAGAACGAGAAUAGAAAAAAUAUACGAAUUUUUCUUCAAAAAUUCCCAAAUUUACACACUUAUGCAGUCUUUAGAGAACAUUCUCUGCUUAAUCAUAAAAGUUUGAAGAGUUAUUAGUCGGCUGGCGAAACUCUUUUUGACCUCAAAUUAUGCGUAGAUCAUCUCGCGCUUGUGAUAGUAGUAGCCAAGUGUUUAACGUACUGAAGAUGAGCUGCUUCUCUGAGCUUUCUUUCGAUACCUCACCUAAGAUCUCGACUUCAGGUUGAAAAGAGACGAACGCGAAAUGCCUGUUUUAUGGCAUCAAUGUCUCCUUUCGCUCUGCCAACGAUAUAAGAAUGACAUGAACGAGCACCAAAAAGCGGCGAUUCACGACCUUAUUCGCGUAAUUUCACUUCAUUGGGUUUUGAUCAAGCUCAAUUUUUUCAGUUCCAAGGCCACUAUCUUAUUUCUCCAGAAGUGAGGAGAGAGUUAGAGUCCAAGGAAACAGAUGAUGGUCACGUCGUCACUACAUUAGUAAUACCAACCAGAAGUGACGAUACGAUGGAGUUCUGA